GCGCGCGCGCACUCUCGCUCGCGCCCGCUCCUCCGCCGCGCGCACUGCACGUAUCGCGCGCGCAUCGAUCGAUCGAUCUAUCGAUCGGAAACCAGAACGCAACCAGUUUGUGAUCUUCGUUUGACCCUGUUGUGAUACUAUUGUUCCGCUGUCAGUGCAUCAGGCACCAUGACAUCCUCAGACUUCAGACUCGAGCGGGCGGUGGAACUGUCCCCAGAGACCAGGGAGUUCGCUGAGAAGGAACUCCGGGAGACCCCCGAGAGGGUCAAGGAGGCGCUGGAGAGGCUCCGGGAGCUGCUGAAGGAGAACAAGGACCUCAAGUUCGGAGACGACGAUGACCUGCUCACCAUAUUCCUGAGGCCUUGCAAGUGGUACCCGGAAAGCGCGAUGGCUUUGAUGCGUCGCGUGGCGGAGUUCAAGCGCGACAACGCGGCGCUGCUGGACAACCUGCUUCCUGAUGAUGAGAAGGAGGCCUUCCUCAACCACCAGGUCGUCAACGUCAUGAAGGGCAGGGACCACAAGGGCCGCCGCGUGCUCAUCGUCAAUGUUGGAGGCUCGUGGGACCCCAAGAAGGUGAACGCGGACCAGCUGUUCCGCCUGUUCUACCUCAUCCACGAGGCGGCCAUGCUGGAGCCCGAGUCCCAGGUUCGAGGCACCAUCGUGCUCAUGGACUUCCACAACAUGGGCUGGGGACAGACGAUGGGCCUGACGCCGGCGUUCUCGAAGCGUCUGCUGACGUUCAUCCAGGACGCCAUGCCGCUGCGGCUCAAAGAGGUGCACUUCGUGAAGCAGCCCAUGAUCUUCAACGUCGUCUGGAACAUGUUCAAGCCCUUCAUUAGGGAGAAGCUCAAGAACAGAAUCUUCUUCCACGGAUCCAAGAUGGCGUCUCUGCACAAGCACGUGGCCCCGUCCCACCUGCCGGCGGACUACGGCGGUGAACUACCGGCCAUCGACUACUCCGGCGCGGACUGGUACCCCGUCAUCAACGAGGUGCUGCCACACAUCCACAACUGGAACUCGUAUGGCUUCGUCAAGUCAUAAGCGAUGUUGCAUCAGUGAACGGACUAUCGCGGUCUCGCGGGGACUGUCGUUCGUAGUGAUAUUAGAAUCCAGGGUUAGGUCACGUUUGGUUUAGAAUCACAGUCAGCCGCUUCCUCAGUGUUUUGGUUGCCUCCUAUACACGUUUAUAUUUAUGGGAGGCGCCCAAGGUGCUGGCACAGGAUUAGGCAAAAGUGGAAUUGUAUCCCGAAAGAGGUUAACUGAACAAAGAAAUUCUUUCCAACCUGCUGAGUCACCGACUUUCGGGAUACAGCUCCCUUUUCCAAACACCAUGUGGAUUUGUACGGAGAGGCAUAGUGUUCGAAUCGGCGUGCCCUAAGUACAUCGAAUUAGUGUAGUUGAUUAUUUCUGGAAUGAGUAAAAUGUUCGUUACGAGUAUUGUCGAGAAAAAAUAUUUUAUCCAUUUCACAAAGCAGUUGUUAAUUGAAGAUGUGAUAGCCAUAAAAGGGUAUGUUUGGUCGAACCUUGUGUUAGCGGAAGACGCUAGUGGACGCCAGUUUCCUAGUACAUUUACGUUCUAUUGGUUAAAUAGAAAUAAGGAUAUUUGUGAAGGAAAUGAGUGCCUACGGAUAGAUUAAGUAUUUUCCAUGAAGAGCUAUGGUGUUAAUAAGACAAAUAAUAUUGUGAUAAGUACUCGUAUGUAUUGUGUGAAUACGUAGGUUGAUUGAUAUUACUUUUAUUAAUGUUUUUU